CUUUAGAAGAAUGCGAACUUGAACUCUUUAUAAAAUCACAAUUAAUAUCAUUUGAAAUUAGCGAUGAAAAAUCAAAGAAUAAAACACAUAAACAUACAUAUAAAUAUAAUUACAAUAAUUCUUUACUUCUUUGUAAGCCAGUAUAUUUAAAAUUAUGUGAAAUUAGCGAUUACUUACUUUCUACUUUACAAAAUCAUUUACAAUUGAACGGAUUAACUAAACGUAUUCAUGGGAAUGCCGGACAUGUAUCUAAAACAGAAUCAAGAGUUUUUUUAGAUUAUAAUAUAACAUUUCCCAUUAAACAAUUUUUAACUCAAUACGGAGCAAUUUACAGAUUUCCUUCUCCAUUACGGCAUCAAGAUGAUUCUGGUGUUUUUAUUUAUCUCCUAACCAGCCAAACUUAUACUUUAUAUGAAAUGAUUCCAAAUCUUCGAUUUCAGCCACCUGCAAGCGAUCUUUGUGAAGUUUGCACUUCCUUUAAAGCCAAAUUAUUAGCUGCAAAACAAGAU